AAAGUGAAAGGGGAGGAGUGGAGGAGAAACCCCGGCCUGGCAAGCGAGGGAGGGAGAGAUGUGAUUGUGCGUGUUUGGGACGAAGAGAGAAGAGAGCGAUCACAACCGACGCAAAAGUCCGACCGAGGAGAGAGCGCACUUACAUCACGUGGGGCUGAGGAUUUGUACGCGAGAAAGAAAAAAGAAAAAGAAAAGUAAAAGUGUCGUCGAAGUGACUUCUGGUCCCACUUUGUUGUUGUCCUCCCUUUCCUUUCCUCCUUUUCCUUUGCCUUUCCACCCCUCCGCCCUGCAUUCCGCGGAGCAGCUGUGUUUUAAUGCCCCUGCGCACCCGAGGAGGAGAGGAAGGAGAGAAGAGUGAGGAAGAAGAGGCAGAAGGAGAAGUGAGAGGGCCUGGACACCACCCCUCCUCGCCCGUUGGAGGUCUGUCCACUCUCCCCUCCUGGCCCUGCAUGGACGGGGAUGGGGAGAGCCGGAUGCUGUUGCCGCGGGGCUGAGCGCCUCGCCUCCCCGUCUCUGGUGCGCCGCUUCCGGCCACUGCUGCUGCUGAUCAUCGUCCUCUGCUGCGGUGCUCACAUAGGUCAGUGCCAGGUGGCCACCCCUCAGUGUCGCAUCCAGAAGUGCACCACCGACUUCGUCUCCCUGACCUCCCACCUGACGCCGGCCGUGGAUGGCUUUCACACUGAAUUUUGCAAGGCCCUACGCGCGUAUUCGGCCUGCACCCAGAGGACAGCCAAGUCCUGCCGGGGGAAUCUGGUGUUUCACUCGGCGGUGCUGGGCAUCUCAGACCUCAUGAGCCAGAGAAAUUGCUCCAGAGACGGGCCCACUUCCCCCACGCACCCCGAAAUCCCACUCGAACCCUGCAACUACCACAGCCGUACCCAGCACGCCCACGCGCACUCCCACUUGCACACGCACUCCCACACUCACGGCCACGGCCACGGGCACGGCCACGGCCACUCUCACCUACCCGGCUACCUGUUCUGCGGGCUGUUCGGGGACCCCCAUCUGAGGACAUUUAAGGACAGCUUCCAGACUUGUAAGGUGGAGGGCGCGUGGCCUCUCAUUGAUAAUGACUAUCUGUCGGUGCAGGUCACUAAUGUUCCCGUGGUUCCCGGCUCCAGCGCCACAGCGACCAAUAAGAUCACCAUUAUAUUUAAGCCCUACGAGGGCUGCACAGACCAGAGGGUUUACCAGGCCGUCACAGACAACCUCCCUGCCGCCUUCGACGAUGGGACCGUGAGCAGCGGAGACCCGAUCCAGGCUUCUGCCGACGCAGAGGGUGCUGCCGGGAAGGUCCGGGCUCUGUGGAUCUCUGAGCGCCUCCCGGGGCACCACGUGGAGCUGCACGCCGGCUACAUUGGUGUGACUGUGAUCGUUCGCCAGCUGGGGCGCUACUUGACCCUGGCGGUGCGGAUCCCAGAGGACCUGGCUCAGGCCUAUGAUGCCACCCAGGACCUGCAGCUCUGUCUGAACGGCUGCCCCAGCAGCGAGCGCAUCGACCAGGCGGGCCAUCUUUCCCUUCCCCUCUCCCCUCCUGCGCUCGGCCUGCAGCUUCAGCAGCUGCACCGGCCCAGCUACUCCUCGCAGACUCAAGCGUCCCCCUACGGUGCCGCGCAGGUUUUCAGUGCAGAGGCGGCGAAGGAGCGGUGCAGGGAGCAGCUAGACGUGGAGGACAUUUACUUCCACUCCUGCGUGUUUGAUCUCCUGACCACUGGGGAUGCUAACUUCACAGUGGCGGCGUUCAGCGCCCAGAAGGACAUGGAAAGCCUCCAUCCACACCGGGACAGAUGGAGGAUCUACCCUCGCGGCUCCGCAACCUCCGCCUUGCACUCUGUUUCUCAGCCUAUCAAACACCUUACUCUGCUCCUGCUGUGUGCUCUCAGCGCUGCUUUGAUGUAAGAGAGAGUUUUUGUGUGUUGCCUGCAUGCUUGUAGGCUUGUGUGCACUAGAAAGAGAGUUUGGUCGUUUAUUUUGCUGAGCACUGAUACUGAGCCUGAUUCUCCUCUCAUGCAGAGGGGAAACGACAGGCUGGACAGGUACUGGGAGUAGAAGUUUUUUUUUUUAUUAUUAUUUUUUUUAGGGGAGGCGACAGACCUCUCAGUGGGCACAGGAGAUACUGACACCCUCUGGAGGUAAAACAAAAACUAAGGUCUCAUGAUGAUGGCUUAUGAAAUCUGUCUUCACGGUCGGAUAGAACGCAACUGACAAUGACACAACUGUUUCUGUGUGGGUGAAUUUAGUGUAAAUAGUUCAUUUUGUCUCCAGUGCACAGUGUAAUGUUGUAGAUUUUGUUUUUGUGCCAAUUGAUGUGAUUUUUUUCCCCGAUACCUCAGACAGAGGAUGUUUGUUUUAACAAAAGCACUUUAUUAUUUUUUUUUCCACAAAUCCACAUCAGUGUUUCUUCUUUCACUUCUCCACCAAAACCUACGAUGGCUCAAGUUUCGUAACCUGUUAACUUGGUUUUUGAAUCAGUUAAACGCCGGGAGCCACAAUUUUUGGUAAAGGCUCCGCGUCUCAUUUUAAGUCAGUCCGUGUGAGCUGUUCUGUUGAAUGUAUUAUGGAUAUAUAGUCACAGCGAACGCCAUCAGAGGUAACGUUUUGUUGCUAUAUGAUGCUAUACCUUUUUUCAGUCUAGAUUUCAACUGUGUGCGUGUGGGUGCUUUAGUGUUAUUUUACUUGUUGGUGACAUGUUUGAAUGUGUUUUCAUUUCAUCUGAUUCACAUAAGAGGUAUUCCGACCCUUUUUGCCAAGAUGCUGUGACUGUACCGGCUCGUGAUUUUUAUUCAUCAAAUGUUUCGUUGCUAUAAUUUGAGCCAAAGAGAUGUAAUGUAUGUUUUUUUUUUAUGUACAAAGGAAAUAAUAACUCAACACCAAACCAGCACCCUUCUCCCCCUCCUCAGUUUUUGAAUUUGCUACUGUCGACUGCUUUUCUCCUUUUGCCAGAACUGACUCCUUAUUGAGCUACAUGUAUGAUAGACACUGAGGAAAUUGUCCUGGGGUAUGUGCUUCAGCGUGGGAAUUUGAUAGCUGGUAGAAAUGUCAACCCUCAAGACUACGACAUAAGAUAAGACAAGAUAAGAUAAGAUAAUCCUUUAUUUAUCCCACAGUGGGGAUUAUUAUUAUUUUAUUGUUAUACCCAGUCUGUUAGACUGUAUAAGGCUAAUCAAAGUUGUUUUGUUCUGCAUUGUGAUCUCUUACAUCACGUGUGAGUGUCGGUUUGGUGAAGAGUGACUGGUCAAUGUUGAAAUACUUAACUUAUUUAUGAACGUAAUGUCCUGUAGAGGAAGUUAAGCUCCAUAUUCUUGCUGUUGGAUAAUAAUUAAAAAAAAAAAAAAAAAAAAAAAA